AUAAACAACUAUACCUUUGUAAAGAAAAAUGACUCAAGUUUUACCCGAACAUACAGAAAACAACACAGGAAUGUGGCAACCAUCAUCAUUCAACUUCAAUACUAACAAUAACAACAACAAUAGCUGCUCUGAUGACAGCAGCGGAGAAGAGAUUUAUUACGCAACAGAGGCGAAUUGUGUGAUAUCACAACCGGCAGAAGAAUUGUCGAUUUUUGCUUCACAAACGGGAUUUGAAAUGCGAAAUUCAAGUGUCGUAACAACACAUAUUCCCAAGCAGGAAACGCAAAUGCCGUUUACGAGAAAUUCCAUCAUAGGAGGAUUCCUCUCGGAAACAGCCUCAACGCCAGCUCGCAAGUCAUCGUCAAGUUCAGAAGAAGAAAUUCAAGUCUCAAUCUCACCGAGCGAGUCAGACAUCUUCAUUCCACCUUAUUACAGUACGAAUCAUGCUGGACAUUUCGUACCAAAUUUGAGCAACAGUACGAACACAACUGAACUAAGUCUUCGUGAAAGAUAUUUCAUAAACGAAUCACUCGGGAUGCAACAAAUGUUCUCAGACUCUGAAAUGCUUUCUGAUCCCUGGAACCCUAUCAUCGGGUUCAACGACAGCCAGGUUAAGCAAGAAAUCCGAGUUUUUCAAAAUAAUAAUACGUCACUAAUGACGUCAGCAAACUCCAUGCAUGGCAACGGAAUAACGAUGUUGGAUUUGAAUUCGCCGUCGAAACGCCAGAGAGGUGCCAGUCCUUGCACUACAAAGAAAAGGAGGCAAGCAGCAAAUGCACGUGAAAGAAGAAGAAUGCAAGGACUCAAUUCAGCUUUUGAUAAACUAAGAAAAGUGAUUCCAACUAUUAGUAAAACAAGAAAACUUUCAAAGUACGAAACAUUGCAAAUGGCGUUGAGUUACAUCCAAGAACUUGACAGAAUUUUACUCGAAUCAAACGAAGACGAACAGCAAGAAAAUACAAAAUUAGAAGAAGUAAAAACUGAAAUUGCAGAAAAUAAUAACUGCGUUUUCUCAGUAUCGACAGAAGCUUCUGUGGAAUAGGAAACGUGUUUCAAGUUUUCGAUUUGCGAAUUUAACGUUAAUUAUUCGCAGCCUCCACCUUCACGCAAUGCUUUGCGUAAACCAAUGCUAAGGAUUGGAAAAAGUUCCGUCCAACUGCAAGAAAAUCAUGACUGUAAGUCCUAAGUACGAGUUCAAAAAAAUGUUUGCUCCAAUUCUUAUCCCGAGUUCAAAAAUAGGCCCGGAUUUGAGCAAACAUUAACAAAAUGCCGACUUCAUAUACUUCAAUAAUUUUAAACGCUUUUAGUUUGGAUUUAAAGUUUCAACUCCAGAGUCCAACGUAAUCUGUUGAUACAAGCCUAAACGGGGAAUUUUUAUGGUAUUUCGCAUUUACAACUUUGGUUUCGAGACCAAAUACCCGUUUCAGACGCCAUUUUGUCUACUCCUAGUUUUCAACCAUGUCUCCUUCGAGGUGCAUGGUCUUACGAUUCUUCCAUGAGUCGUUUAAUUAUUCAUCAACAGGAAUUUUAGUAGUUAGGCCUAUUGGGUACAUUGUCGUAACAACGGCGUUAUAUAGUAAGUAUAGCUUGAAGCGCGAUACGUGAAUUCGACUUGUGUUGAUGGAACGUAUUUUUUUGCCUAUACGCAAUGCAAAUCCUAUACAAGGCGUAUCCCAAUCAUGUAUUUCCAAACGCCGCUCAAACAAGUGACAUUGUAACUUAAUCUUUAUUUUUUCAUUACAACUUACUUUUAUACAACAGGUUAUAUUGCCAAGAACCAUUGUGAUUAAUUUUUUUUUUUCAAGUCUGUUUCUUUAUAAUUUUGUUACUGCAGUGUUUAUUAUUAUUCGGAGUUCCUUAAACCGAAUAAAAUUUUUUGUAUUCUGAUGAACAUUGACGUAGUGGUUAUGGGCGGGAUUGAUCAUUUUUAAUAGUUUUAAAAUUAGAAUAAACUAUAUAGUGACAGGAUUUUAUUUGAAUUAUGCCAUGCAACGGAACAAAAAAAGAGCCGAAAUCCCGAAUACAACGCGUGUACUUCAUGAACUGUUCAUUGUAUAAUAAUUGUUUUGAGAAGCAAUCUUUAUGAUUGAGGUGUUGUUGAGCCCGAAUCUUAUUAUUUGUCAAACAUAUCAUUCACCACGAAAAUUUCAUACUAUAGGU